AUGACGGAGGAGCUGAUGGAGCUGCCGACUGAGGCGAAAAAGACAAAGUUCUCGGUCGAGGAGAUGGCCCUGCGCAAGUCGGAGCAGGCGAGACGGCGCAAGUUCCAAAGCAUGCAGCGCGAGGAGCAGCUCAAGAACGACACGAUCAACCGGCUGCUGAACAAGCAGACAUCCAAGGGCAGGAACAAGGUGGAUGAGCCCGAGACGCGCUCGGCCAGCGAGGAGCCUGGUGCAGACACGCACGACCAUGAUUCGAUACCGUCAAAGGUGUGCAAGGGUGGGCAAGGGAAAGCACGGGGAGCCGGUGCGAGUGCAGCGCCUGCUGCAGCUCCCAAAGAACACGGCGGUAAACGAUGUGUUUCCUAUGUCUGCUAA